CGCCGAAGCCAUGACAGUGAUGUGGGGGAAUAUCACAUGUGGCCGCCCUCAGCUCUAUAACCCCACCGUCGCCUGUCCGGCAACACCGGUCUUCCCUCUUGAUUCACACUCUCAUGGCGACCAAGGAGCUUAGGCAGAUUACGAGGGAGGAGGUCGCGAAGCACAACAAGGAGGGGGACCUUUGGAUCAUUGUGGAUGCCAAAGUCUAUGACCUUACCAAGUUCAAGGACUUGCACCCUGGUGGCGCAAGCGUACUGCUAGACCCCGAGAUUGCCGGUCAAGAUGCUACGGAUGCCUUCUACUCCCUGCACCGCCACGAAGUUAUCGCCAACCCCAAGGCCAAGCGACUUCAGAUCGGCACCAUAGUCGAUGAGGAAAGCAUCUGCACCGACAGCUUCCUGCGCGGCGAGCCCAGUCCCGUUCCCUACGCCGAACCCUCAUGGCUGGCGAAGGGCUUCAAGAGCCCGUACUUCACGGAGAAUCAUCGCAAGUUCCAAAAGGCCGUCCGUGUAUUCUGCGAGAAGUACAUCAUCCCCGAUGCGCAGGCACGCGAGGAGGAUGGAAAGAGGCCUAGCCAAGAGGUACUAGAUAAGAUGGCCGAAGUGAACCUACAUGCCAUGCGCAUGGGCCCAGGCAAGCACCUGAAGGGUCUCACGCUUAUGAAUGGCCUUGUCAAGCCAGAGGAGUACGACUAUUUCCACGAGCUUAUCAUCACCCAAGAGAUCGUCCGCUGCGGCGCUCGCGGCUACGGCGACGGCCUCCUCGGCGGCAAAGUCAUCGGCCUCCCACCCGUCCUCAACUUCGGCUCCGACGAGCUUAAAGCCAAGGUCGUCCCCGAGGUUCUUCAAGCCAAGAAGUUCAUCUGUCUCGCCAUCUCUGAGGCCCAGGCCGGUUCCGACGUCUUUGGCCUGCAGACCACCGCGGUGAAGACUGAGGAUGGCAAGGAGUGGAUCAUCAACGGGACGAAGAAGUGGAUCACGAACGGGACGUUUGCGGACUAUUUCACGGUGGGGUGUAAGACGGAGGAUGGGUUCACGGUAAUCUUGGUUGAGAGGGGGCCGGGGGUAGAGACGAGGCAUAUCAAGACGAGCUACUCUCCUGCUGCAGGGACGGCGUUUAUCACGUUCGAGAACGUCCGAGUACCGGUUGGAAACACUCUCGGCGAAGAAGGUGGCGGCAUCUUCGUGAUGUUGAGUAACUUCAAUCAUGAGCGCUGGGUAAUGUGCUGCUCCUCCGCACGCGCUCAGCGUGGUAUCGUCGAAGAAUGCCUCAAAUGGGUUAACCAGCGCAAGGCCUUCAACAAGCCCCUCCACGCCCAAGCCGUCAUCCGCAACAAGCUCGCGGGGAUGAUUCAGCGCACGGAGAGCGUGCAGAAUUGGCUGGAGAACAUCACGUACCAGAUGUGCAAUAUGUCGUACGGGCAGCAGGCGAGUAAGCUGGCGGGCCAAAUUGCCUUCCUCAAGUCGUACUCGACGGCGUGCGCGCAGGUUACGGCGCGGGAUGCGGUGCAGAUCUUUGGUGGACGGGGUGUGACGAAGACGGGGAUGGGGAAGCUGGUCGAGCAUUACCACCGUGUUAUCGCCUUCGACGCCUUGCUUGGUGGCGCGGAGGACGUCUUGAGCGACCUGGGUGUACGGCAAGCGUUGAAGCAGAUGCCUCCAGGCGUGAAGCUGUAAAUUCAGGCGCUAUUUGCACGCAGAAGGAAGGAUCUGCUUGGUUUUAUGCCAUGUUGCCACAAAUGUUUUUACAACCUAUGUACCCUGUAAUAACAUGUUGAUACCUGAUAUAACUUUCCCCAUCGAUGAAGGUAAAUCUUCAUUGAUGCCUUGAAAGUUGAA